GUUGAUGGUGCCGGCAAACCCCAGGCAAGCAAAACAGAAGAGGAAAAAGAGCUUCCCGCACAUGCUUGCGGGUAAGUCGAGAUAUAUCGAUACCCCCUGUUGUACCCGGUUUUUUGAGGGGAGAACAAAGCUAAUAGAUAUAGUUACUGUGGCAUACACAAUCCGAGCAGUGUUGUGAAGUGCUUGACCUGCAAUAAGUGGUUUUGCAGUGCUCGUGGAAACACGUCUUCGUCGCAUAUCGUGAACCAUCUGGUCAGGGCUCGCCACAAGGAAGUUCAGCUCCAUCCAGCAUCAUCACUCGGUGAUACUAUAUUGGAAUGCUAUAACUGCGGAACCAAGAAUGUUUUUCUUCUUGGGUUUAUUCCAGCAAAGUCUGAUACCGUCGUCGUACUCCUUUGCCGCCAGCCAUGCGCGGCCAUGCCUUCUUCAAAGGAUAUGAACUGGGAUACCCCACGAUGGCAACCAUUAAUGGAAGACCGUUCAUUUUUACCAUGGCUUGUCUCUGCACCAUCCGAUCAAGAGCAGCUUCGAGCUCGUCACCUCAGUCCCCAGAUGAUUGCUAAGUUGGAGGAGCUCUGGAAGGAAAACGCCUCAGCCACCGUAGAAGACUUGGAGAAAGCAACAAACGUGGAUGAUGAGCCCGCUCCAGUUUUACUCAGAUACGAUGAUGCCUACCAAUAUCAAAACGUAUUUGGACCUCUCGUCAAAAUUGAAGCUGACUAUGACCGUAAGUUAAAGGAGGCCCAGUCUCAAGAUGGCCUCACUGUUCGAUGGGAUCUUGGUCUGAACAAUAAGCAUCUCGCCAGCUUUGUUCUCCCAAAGCUGGAGCUUGGCGAUGUGAAGCUUGCUGUCGGUGACGAGAUGCGUCUCAAGUAUGCCGGGGAGCUACGACCGAAGUGGGAGGGCGUUGGAUAUGUUAUCAAAAUCCCCAACAACCAGUCCGAUGAAGUUACUAUCGAGCUGCGUUCAAAGGGAGACCACAAGUCCGUACCUACAGAGAUAUCUCAUAACUUUACUGCGGAUUAUGUCUGGAAGGCCACCUCCUUUGAUCGUAUGCAACUUGCAAUGAAGACAUUCGCCGUGGAUGAGAUGAGUGUGUCAGGCUACAUCUUCCAUCGCCUGCUUGGAAAUGAGGUUGCCGCUGCCCCCAUGAAGACGCAGAUGCCAAAGCAAUUCAGUGUUCCUGGCCUCCCCGGUCUUAACAGCAGUCAGAUUAACGCCGUUAAGGCAGUGUUACAGAAGCCCCUGAGCUUGAUCCAGGGUCCCCCUGGAACUGGAAAAACUGUUACAUCAGCUACCAUUAUCUACCAUCUUGCAAAGGUUAAUGCGGGCCAGGUACUCGUCUGCGCGCCAUCGAACGUCGCUGUCGACCAGCUAUGUGAAUGCAUUCACAGAACCGGACUAAAAACUGUUCGUGUAACUGCAAAGUCUCGAGAAGACGUUGAAUCACCCGUCCGCCACCUUUCGCUUCACGAACAAGUUCGCAACAAUGACAGCAAUAUUGAGCUUGUCAAGCUUAAUCAGCUAAAGACUGAGUUGGGUGAACUCUCAAGUCAGGAUGAAAAGAAAUAUAAGCAGCUUACUCGUGCUGCUGAGAAGGAGAUUUUGACUAAUGCCGACGUUAUAUGCUGCACUUGUGUUGGUGCCGGCGACCCACGACUAGCAAAGUCGAAAUUCCGCACCGUUUUAAUUGAUGAGUCAACCCAGUCUGCAGAGCCAGAGUGUAUGAUCCCGCUGGUUCUAGGGUGCAAACAAGCUGUCCUUGUCGGUGACCACCAGCAGCUUGGACCUGUCAUCAUGAACAAGAAGGCUGCUAAAGCCGGAUUAAACCAAUCCCUUUUUGAAAGGUUGGUUAUUCUAGGAUGUGCUCCUAUUCGUUUGAACGUUCAGUACCGAAUGCACCCCUGUUUAUCCCAGUUCUCCUCAAAUAUGUUCUACGAAGGUUCUCUCCAGAACGGUGUCUCAAGCGAGGACCGUCUGCUCAAGAAUGUUGACUUCCCCUGGCCAGUCGCAGAUAAACCCAUGAUGUUCUGGUCGAAUUUGGGAAAUGAGGAAAUAUCAGCCUCCGGGACAUCAUACCUCAACCGCACUGAAGCUGCCAACGUCGAAAAAAUCGUCACUCGUUUCUUCAAGGCUGGUGUUAAACCAUCCGGCAUCGGUAUCAUUACCCCAUAUGAAGGUCAGCGCAGCUAUGUCGUCAGCUCUAUGCAGUUAACCGGUACUUUCAAGAAGGAGUGGUACAAAGAAAUCGAAGUCGCAUCAGUUGAUGCAUUUCAGGGCCGUGAGAAGGAUUUCAUUGUCCUUUCCUGCGUCCGAUCUAACGACCACCAAGGAAUCGGUUUCCUUAGCGACCCUCGUCGUCUGAACGUGGCCCUUACCAGAGCUAAGUAUGGCCUGGUUAUCCUGGGAAAUCCAAAGGUUCUUUCUAAGCAUCCGCUGUGGAACUACUUGCUACGCCAUUUCAAGGAACAGAACUGUCUCGUAGAGGGACCACUGUCUAACCUCCAAACCUCCCUCAUUCAGUUCAGCCGGCCAAAGCAAGCCUACCGUGGCCCUCAGCGUUUCCAGAUGUCGUUCAAUCAUGCUUCCAAUGUUGACAGCAGCAUGUUAAAUGGAAGAAAUGGGCAUCAUCACGAUUAUCACGAUGCUGGAUCAGUCGUCAGCUAUAUCCCAGAUGAUGUAUCGUCCGUACAUUCAUCGGCUCUGGGCGGAGUGGCCAUUCCCUCUGGAUACCCUCAUAUGUUCCAAAACUUCACUGAAUCCUGGCCGUCCGCCCCCAACAACCGUCGUCCAAACGGCUCCAGGCUGAGAGGCGCACCAAGCGUUGCAGGCGAGUCCGUUGCAGCUACGGAAUCUGAUGUUACUGGUAGUGUUGUCGAUGGAAGAAGUACUGUAGGCCAAGGUGGAGUCAGUCUCUCCGGCCUGAGUAUCCAUGAUGUCCAGAAGCAGACCAGUCUGAGUCAAUCCGAUCGUCUGAAGCGCUACGUUGAAUCAAGCGGUCGUCCUGAGCCAUACCGGGGUGGAACUGAUGCUGGAAGUGUCUUUGGUGGAAGUGCUGCUGGAAUCCGUGUCCCACGCCAGAACUUAGGCAAUUCCGGAGAUGAUGAUGAUGCCCGCAGCGUCUCUACCGCGUUUGCAAGCCAAGUCGGAGGAAACUAUGAUUGAAUUGUUCCCUCUUCUCCUGUCUACAUAUGCAGGGAUACAGAAGAUUGUACGCUGUGUAGGUGAUUACGGUACCAUAGGCAUACAGUACCUGCAGCUCUUACGCCAUAGGUUAUUCUUUCCGCCGUCAUUUUACCACGGCUGCCUCGUGUUUCUAUUGCUAAACGCUGCGACUGCGAAUACUUUGCACUAUACUUGAACCAGCAAGGUGCGCUGAGCAAUUCGCCUUUCCCACCCGAUCCGUCUGGUCCAAUUCUUUAUACAGUGCCCCUGCUGUCACCUCGCAUUGGAAGAAAUAUCAGGAGAUACGCCCAUGCAAUGCCCCUGCCUACGAUAUUCCUUUUGAACCCGGCAGCAUUCCGUUAUGCCUAGCAACAUCAACAUGUCUUCUCAUCUAUGUUGGUCGAGUACCGGCAGAUAGUAACAGCUAGUCACCUUGGGCGCUGCGGUCGCUAGGGAUGUUCAUGAGAGCGGACUG